GGUUCCGAUCCACCUGUUAACGGAGCUUUCAAAUAUUCCAUCAAAUUCAUAUAACUAAAUUUUCCAACAGUAAAAUACAGAAUUCAUCGAUCUUCAAUCCAUGACGAAAAAUAGCAGCAGUAGUACUAAUAACCUUACGCCGGAUAAGGGUCGGACUUUACCGGUUGACCCGAAUCUUCCUCGGUAUCUCUGUCAGAACUGCCACAAUCCUCUGUGCAUCGUCGGCGUCGAUAAUUAUGCCGAUAAAUUCUUCCCGGAUUUUCCUUCUCGCUCCGGGAUGCAGGGUUCUUCAAUGCAUGGAGCUGGUAGUGUUAUAGGGUCGAGUCGUAUGGAACAUUCCUACGUCGUAUUGCCAAAGCAAAGAAAUCAGGGACCAGGGAUUCCGCCCCGAGGACGAGGAGUAUCCGCUCAACCAGAUGCAAGCCAGUUUGGGAAGGCCAUGGAAGAAUCAUUCGUGGUUUUGCCUCCACCAGCUGCUUCAGUGUAUAAAUGUGAGCCUACAUCUGAUGGAGCUGGUACAAAUGUUCCAUCACCAGAUGGUGGGCCUCAAAAUGCUCCUACACAGCCAAAUAAUUCUGGGUUUCACUCCACCAUCACUGUGCUAAAGCGUGCUUUUGAUAUUGCCUCAACGCAGACCCAGAUUGAGCAACCGUUGUGUCUUGAAUGCAUGAGAGUGUUGUCUGAUAAACUUGAUAAGGAGGUUGAAGAUGUUAACAGGGACAUACAAGCCUAUGAAGCUUGCCUUCAGCGACUAGAGGGAGAAGCAAGAAAUGUUCUUAGUGAGGCUGAUUUUCUGAAGGAGAAAUUGAAGAUAGAAGAAGAAGAGCGAAAACUUGAAGCAGCAAUAGAAGAAACAGAGAAGCAAUGUGCUGUGGUCACUGCCGAACUGAAGGAGCUAGAGUUAAAAUCUAGCCGCUUUAAGGAGUUGGAGGAGCGGUACUGGCAAGAAUUCAACAACUUUCAGUUUCAAUUGAUAUCACAUCAGGAAGAGAGAGAUGCAAUUUUAGCUAAGACAGAAGUUUCACAAGCUCAUUUAGAGCUGUUAAAGAAGACUAAUGUGCUCAAUGAUGCAUUCCCAAUCUGGUAUGAUGGUGAAUUCGGAACAAUUAACAACUUUCGUCUCGGAAGACUUCCUAAAAUUCCGGUUGAGUGGGACGAGAUAAAUGCAGCAUGGGGCCAAGCUUGCCUUCUUCUCCAUACAAUGGCUCAACAUUUCCGGCCAAAGUUUCAAUAUCGGAUAAAAAUUCUUCCUAUGGGAAGUUAUCCUCGGAUCAUGGAUACCAAUAACAAUACUUAUGAACUAUUUGGCCCGGUAAAUCUCUUCUGGAGCACACGAUAUGACAAAGCAAUGACAUUGUUCUUGACCUGCCUAAAGGAGUUCGCCGACUUUGCAAAUUCAAAAGAUAGGGAGAACAAUAUUCGUCCUGACAAAUGUUUUAAGCUUCCUUACAAGAUUGACAAUGACAAAGUUGAAAGUUACUCCAUUACCCAGAGCUUCAAUAAGCAGGAAAAUUGGACCAAAGCUCUCAAGUACACACUCUGCAAUUUGAAGUGGGUGCUCUACUGGUUUGUUGGAAACACAAAUUUCCAGCCACUUUCCGCAACCGUCUCUUCACAAGCUGAAGUUCCAGCUGCAGGAUCAUUGUACAACAAACAACCAACUAAUCCCAAGUUUCAAUCUUGAAAUCACUAAUACCAACUUCUCCUGUUGUGCUUAGCAUGUUGUAAAUAGACGAGAAUGCCAAAUUCUAUCAGUGCAAAGCAAUCACUUGUAAUGUUUCAUCAUAUUAUUUUCUUGACUCUUUAAAAAUAUUUAAAGUUGUAUAUUCCAAUAUAGGUCGUAGCUCAUCGCGUU